AGCGCGGGCGCCGGCAGCUCCCGCUAUGGCUGCGCUGCGGAGGCUCCUGUGGCCGCCGCCUCGGCUCCCCGGCCCCGGGCCGUGGGGGCGGCCCGCGGGGGUAGCCCCGGCGGGCCCGGGCCGGCCCUUCUCCUGCCGGGAGGACGAGGAGGGCGCCGGGGCGGCGGCGGGCUGGAGGCGGCGGCGGCGCUGGGGGGAGCUGAGCAUCGCGGCGGCCGCCGGCGGGAGUCUGGUGGGCCUCCUGUGCUACCACCUGUACGGCGACCCCCGGGCGGACCCCGCGAGGGCGCCGGCCCCGGGGCGCGCCGGCGAGCGCGCGGCGGCCGAGCCCGAAGACCCGCCCCGCGGCCGGGGGCUGCUUCCCAUCCCGGUGGCGGCUGCCAAGGAAACGGGUGCUACUGGCAGAACAGACAUUGAAGAUUUAGACCUCUACGCAACAUCUCGGGAAAGACGGUUUCGUUUGUUUGCUUCCAUUGAAUGUGAAGGACAGUUAUUUAUGACUCCUUAUGAUUUUAUUUUGGCCGUUACUACAGAUGAGCCCAAAUUUGCUAAAACGUGGAAGUCACUUUCCAAACAGGAAUUAAACCACAUGCUCUCAGAAACACCUCCAGUUUGGAAAGGAUCAUCAAAGUUGUUUCGAAACCUUAAAGAAAAAGGUGUUAUUUCUUACACAGAAUAUCUUUUUCUUUUAUGUAUUUUAACAAAGCCGCAUGCAGGCUUUAGAAUAGCUUUCAACAUGUUUGACACUGAUGGCAAUGAGAUGGUAGAUAAAAAGGAGUUUUUGGUGCUUCAAGAAAUAUUCAGGAAAAAAAACGAAAAGAGAGAAACUAAAGGAGAUGAAGAAAAGCGUGCAUUGCUGCGUCUUCAACUUUAUGGAUACCAUUCUCCUACUAAUAGUGUGCUUAAAACAGAUGCUGAAGAACUUGUCUCCAGAAGCUAUUGGGAUACACUGAGACGUAAUACAAGUCAAGCACUCUUUUCAGACCUCGCAGAGCGUGCUGAUGAUAUUACAAGCUUAGUAACAGAUACUACACUUCUAAUACACUUUUUUGGAAAGAAAGGAAAAGCUGAGCUCAACUUUGAAGAUUUUUAUAGAUUCAUGGAUAACCUCCAAACAGAAGUUCUAGAAAUUGAAUUUCUUUCCUAUUCUAAUGGGAUGAAUACCAUCAGCGAAGAAGAUUUUGCUCAUAUUCUUUUACGAUAUACAAAUGUGGAAAAUACAUCAGUAUUUUUGGAAAACGUCCGUUACAGUAUACCUGAAGAAAAGGGUAUCACAUUUGAUGAAUUCAGGUCAUUUUUCCAGUUUUUGAACAACUUAGAAGACUUUGCAAUAGCCUUGAAUAUGUAUAACUUUGCAAGUCGUUCUAUAGGGCAAGAUGAAUUUAAACGUGCCGUCUAUGUAGCUACUGGCCUCAAACUUUCACCACAUUUAGUGAACACAGUCUUCAAGAUUUUUGACGUUGACAAAGAUGAUCAAUUAAGUUAUAAAGAAUUUAUUGGAAUUAUGAAAGACAGACUCCAUAGAGGAUUCCGGGGUUAUAAAACAGUUCAGAAGUAUCCCACUUUCAAAUCCUGCCUGAAGAAGGAACUCCAUAGCAGAUAAGUACUCCUACUGCAAAGUUUAAAUGAUUAUCUACGUGGCAAAAACAAGAAGCAAAAAUUUAAGAAAGCAGCAGCAGUUCUGAGAUCAGAACAUGUAGAAAUGAAGGAAAAGGUGAAAUACUAUGGAAACUAUAGCUUUCUUGAAUAGAGAAUAUAUACAUAUACGUCUUCUUACAGACUACAAAUCUUUUAUGUUACCAAGCUGAGCUUUUCCCUUCAUUUAUUGGACUCUGCACUUCUUCAUUCCCUUCAGAAGUAUAUAGAUACUUCCUAUGAACUAUACAAAAAUGUUUUGUUUUUUAAUUUAUUAGCAAUUUGCUUCCUUUCAAAAUAAUGUAUGACCUCUAGAAUGUAGAUCAUGUAAAAAUGAACAGGACAUUUUCUUUGGUUUUGAACUGUGAAUUUAUUUGCAGAAAAUGAAUUUUCCUUGAGAUUUAACUUAGGAUCCUUAGAAUUGUUAGUAAAUCUCCAUUACUUGCUAGAUUUUUAAUUUACAUUGAAAUAAUUUUUAAAAGACAAAUAGAAACAUAACUAUUCUAAUAUAUGGUUUACGUUGUACUUUUAACUUGCAAAAGUACUUAAUAUGCACUGUUUGAAUUAUAGAAAGUUUUUUUUAACUUUUUGUUCAUUUACCAAAGUCAGAAGAAUGUCUGAUAAUUGUUUUAUUUAUACAGUAAAAAAAUUAAAACAGAUUUUUUUUCUCAAAAAUGUAAAAUAUUGAUGUAGCAACUGGUGGUUGUAGCAGUAGUUACUGUUAUAGUGGUCUUAAACAUGAUGCUGCUCCUGAUUGCAGACGGUACAUGUAGUAACACUAGUUGCAGUCCUAUAACUUAUUGCAUAUUGUUAGUACAUUAUGUUUUUAGCAUUAAAUGAAGUACUACAUAAGACUAAUGUAAAGUGGCUUAGAUAGAAGACUGAUACAUAGAAAUAUUUAGAUAAAAGCAAUUUAUUUCUUCUAAAAGGACCACAUCAUACAAAAGUGACGUGCCAGUAAUACUGAAUAAAUUUGAAUAUAAUUGUUUCAAAAUGUCUUAAAAGAGGAAAGAACGUUUUUCUGUUGACAAACAACAAAAUUAAAUAUUCACUUGGAGAAAAUAACUUGAUAGUACUUAUUGGAAACCUCUUCAAUUUUAAAAGUAAAAUUUAUAGAAGAUACUAAACAAAAUAUAAUAAGAAAAUUUUUAAAAUAAUAUAUUUCUACACUGUAUAUGGAAUAUAGUCCUUUAUUUUCUUUUUCUGGGAUGUAUUUCAUGUAUUGCAAACACUCCAACUAUUUUUUUGCUUUGCAUAUGAAACUAGGAAGUACAAAUUUUUUGUAAGUUAUUAAAUGUGAAAUUGUUAGUUCAACAUCAGUCUAUUUAUAAAAGUAACAGUCUUUCUAAGAAAAUGAAAAUGUUAUCAUUUACUGUAUUAGCCAACUUUUUACAUUCUUUAUCUACUAUUAUUUAUUACACUGAUAUAUAAAUAAAUGAGUUAUUAAUUUGAGAACUC